UACCGGAGGACGGGGCGCGGCGGGGGACACGGCGGCCGCCGCGGGGCUCGAUCGGGCGGCGACGGCUACGGCGGCAGCGAAGGGUUCUCCUCCUUCCUCACCCCCUCGCUCCUCCUUUUCUUCCUCUUCCUUUUCUUUCCGGCCGGGUCUCGUCCACUUCCCCUAACGGCGGCCUCGAUCCUACGUAAAGGCAUGACUUCUCGUCCUCGCAGGGAAAAUAGGGUGCAAGCCCAGAAACUAUUUCCCCACCACCACUUCUUGAAAAACUGAUUUGAAGGCAUCUCCAGGUUCGAACAACGGGAAAGUGCCAGGUUUUGUUACGUCUCUGGCUUUGCGCUGGAGACCUUUUACUACUAAGUAUCAAGACGAAAAAAACUGGAAACUAAUCCGAACCUUAUUCAAAGUCAGAAUGGAACGAUUUGUAGUAACAGCACCACCUGCUCGAAACCGUUCCAAGACUGCUUUGUAUGUGACUCCCCUGGAUCGAGUCACUGAGUUUGGAGGUGAGCUUCAUGAAGAUGGAGGAAAACUCUUCUGCACUUCUUGCAAUGUGGUUCUGAAUCAUGUUCGCAAGUCUGCCAUUAGUGACCACCUCAAGUCAAAGACUCAUACCAAGAGGAAGGCAGAAUUUGAAGAGCAGAAUGUGAGAAAGAAGCAGAGGCCUCUUACUGCAUCCCUUCAGUGCAACAGUACUGCACAAACAGAGAAAGUCAGUGUUAUCCAGGACUUUGUGAAAAUGUGCCUGGAAGCCAACAUCCCACUUGAGAAGGCUGAUCACCCAGCAGUCCGUGCUUUCCUGUCUCGCCAUGUGAAGAAUGGAGGCUCCAUACCUAAGUCAGACCAGCUGCGGAGAGCAUAUCUGCCUGAUGGAUAUGAAAAUGAGAAUCAACUCCUCAACUCUCAAGAUUGUUGACAAGGAGGUUACCACCAUUGUGAUCAAGAUAAAUAAUGUGGAGUAUUAAAGUUCUGUGUUGAUUGUGUG